GAGGGGUGUCCGAACUGCGAGUACUGGAGUGUAAAGAGAUGUGUUAGGUUUUAGUGCAGUCACUGAGAGUGCUAACUGUUGAAACUUAUGCUAGUAUGUAUAGUGUAAAGAUUUUUAUUAUUACUUUACUCUUCGCACAUAUAGUCUUCGACAAAUAUAGCAUAAAAAACAUGAUUCCCUGUGUUACAUCAAAAUAUUUUUAAGUGCUGUAAUCAUUGAACUUAGUCAUACAACAUUACAAGUUGCCGGCAACCGUUAGGACGUGUGGCGUUAGUUUCGACAGUGUGGUCUAAUAGUACUAUUAGUAACAGUAAUACGACUAGUCUUAACUGUAAUAUGGGGUGUGCAGUCAGUUCUCUAGCAGAUAAAGAGGCAAAUGAAAGAUCGAAAAAAAUAGACAAAGAUUUGCAAGAUGAUCGAGCAAAGCAAAAAAAAGAAGUCAAACUGCUUCUUUUGGGUGCUGGAGAGUCAGGAAAAAGCACAAUUGUUAAACAAAUGAAAAUUAUCCAUGAAUCUGGCUACUCUACAGAAGAAUGUCUACAAUACAGGCCUGUGGUGCAUAGCAACACCAUCCAAAGUCUGAUGGCCAUCAUAAGAGCUAUGGGUCAGUUAAAAAUUGAAUUUGGUGACCCCAUAAGAGUGGAUGAUGCUCGCCAGUUUUUCACAAUUGCUGGUGCUUCUCAGGAAGGAGAAUUAACUGGAGAACUGUCCUCUAUCAUGAAGAGGCUUUGGUUGGAUUCUGGAGUACAACAUUGUUUUUCUCGCUCUCGAGAAUACCAAUUAAAUGAUUCAGCUGCUUACUACCUUAAUGCUCUUGACAGAAUAUGUCAACCUAGCUAUAUUCCUACACAGCAAGAUGUUUUACGAACUAGGGUGAAAACAACUGGCAUUGUGGAAACCAAUUUUACAUUUAAGAAUUUCCAUUUCAAAAUGUUUGAUGUUGGGGGUCAAAGAUCUGAAAGGAAGAAAUGGAUACAUUGUUUUGAGGGUGUCACUGCCAUCAUAUUUUGUGUGGCUCUUAGUGGUUAUGAUCUGGUGCUCGCUGAAGAUGAAGAGAUGAACCGAAUGAUUGAAAGCAUGAAACUCUUUGACUCCAUUUGUAACAAUAAAUGGUUUGUUGACACAUCCAUCAUAUUGUUUUUGAAUAAGAAAGACUUAUUUGAGAAAAAAAUUACCAAGUCUCCCUUAACGAUUUGUUUUCCAGAAUAUACAGGUAACAACACCUAUGAAGAAGCUGCUGCAUACAUACAGAUGAAGUUUGAGAACUUGAACCGUAAAAAAGACACCAAGGACAUCUACACUCAUUUUACUUGUGCAACUGACACGAGCAACGUUCAGUUUGUGUUUGAUGCUGUUACUGAUGUUAUAAUCAAGAACAACUUGAAAGACUGUGGACUUUUCUGAAACGUUUGACUGUGUGACAUGAAGUCUUGGUGUUUGUGGAAAUCACCCUGUUACUGUGUUUACUUUAUUGCCAAUGUGGGGUUGUCAGCUUUGACGUCACUGAUGUUCAAAGCCUUUGGCCACAAAAAAGUGAAAUAUUUCUUGUGUCAAGACAGAGGAGCAAAAUGUGUCAUGUGGUUUUAAAGCUUUGUUUUAAGGGUCACAAGAUUUAAAACUGCCAAAUUCAGACUGUUUGGGUUCAAAUUCCAAUUAUUUUUUUAAUAUUGUAGUAGGACGUGAGCUGUUAAAAAGAAUGAUUCUAUUAUACUUUGUAAGGAAAAUGUUGGUGUAUUGUACAAAAGAUUUAAUUGUUCAGAUAAAUGUUCUGUUAUGGAUAUUAUUAAGCAUUUUGUCCUGUUGGCUGAAACUCUGAAGAAAAGAACAUGUUAGUUGAAUGUAUCUAAGACGAGGUAAAGUAUGUGUUCACACUUACUGUGAAACCUGAUUUGUUGCUGUUUUUGCUUUCAAAGCCCUCAGUUCACAUGUUUGCUCUGGUUGUGCCAGUAAAGUGUACUUGUCUAAUUGAAAUACAAUUUUUUUUAUGAAUCCAAAUACAACGUUGAUUACUUUUUUAUAAAUGUAUAUUUUGUGUGAAACAAGAUGUAAGAAUGUCCCAUGUCUAAAUGCAGCUUAUCUUGUAAAGAAACUACUGGACAUAAUUUUGUAAUGGUUACUUGUAAAUUAUGUAUGGUAAACUAUCGUCAGUUGAGCUUUUAAAUGAGGGGGGUGGGGCAUCUAGA